AUGUUGCUGAGGCUGCUGAAGGAGGGAGCUGACCUGAACACAGUGAUUUCCUCAGGAGGAUCUCUGCUCCAUCUGUGCGCCCGCCAUGACAAUGUGUUCGCAGCAGAGAUUUUGAUAGAAAAAGGACUGAAUGUCAACCUGCAGGAUGAGGACCUCUGGACCGCUCUGCAUGUGGCCUGUGCCUGCGAUCACGCAGAUAUGGUGUUGCUGCUGCUGCUGGCUGGAGUCAACGUGCUCCUGCAGGAUGUGAACGGGAACAUUCCACUCGACUACUCCGCAGAGGGGACGGAAACCAGCUAGAUCCUCAUCAGACACCUGGAGGAGAAUGGAGUGGACAUGAGCUCUAUGCACCAGAUGAAGACCCAGCGCUCAUCCACCAUGUUGUCUGACGUGAGGCAGCUGGUCAGCAGCGGGGGCAGUGUCAAUCAACAGAAUGAUGACGGGGUCACGCUGCUACACAUCGCCAGUGCCAGUGGUUAUAAGGAGGUGGUGUCUGUGCUGCUGGAGAACGGGGCAGACGUCCAGGUGUCUGACAACAACUACUGGACACCCUUACAUCUGGCUGCCAAAUAUGGGCAGAGCCACAUUGUGAGCCAGCUGUUGAAGCACAAAGCAGAUCCUACUCUCCUGAACUGCAACCAGGACAAGCCCUCAGAUUUGGCUGCUACUGAGCAGAUUGCAGAAAUGCUGAUGAGAGCAGAGGAAUUCUGGGUACAGAGACAGACAGACCCCUCGGCUCUGCCUCCACAAUCAGAAGAGCACUGCACAGAGGCCAACCAGGACAGCAGCCUGCCUGUAAAGAAAUUGGCUGCUAUGGCUCUACCCAUCUCUAGGAGGGACAGUUUGUUGGAGAAGGAGGCCAUGUUCAGGGACUCAGGAGGAGCUCUGACACGGCAGCCUUCACUUGAUAACGGGCUGGAUGGAUCCUAUCCCAGUGCUGCAGGAAAACUGGAGCAGGUGAAACUAAUGCCUCCUGCUCCUAAUGAUGACCUGGCAUCCCUCAGUGAGCUCACAGACAGCAGUCUGCUCUACGAGAUGCAGAAGCGGUUUGCUAACGACCAGAUAUAUACCUACAUUGGACACAUUCUUCUCCUUAUUAACCCUUAUAAGGACCUGCCCAUCUACUCUAAUCUCGUCAGUCAGUUGUAUCUGAGCUCCAGUGGUCGUCUAUGUUCCUCUCUCCCGCCUCAUAUCUUCUCUUCAGCUGAGCGAGCUUAUCACAUGAUGCUGCAAGAGCGACGCCCACAGUGUUUCAUCAUCAGUGGAGAGAGUGGUUCUGGGAAGUCUGUGGCCUGUAAGCACAUCCUGAAACACCUGGCUGCUCGCUCAAGUCCCAAAGGCUUCACUUUAGAGCCGCGAAUGAAGCAUACCCACACCAAAUAUUCGUGUCCAGAUGGCACUGCCAAUGUAAAGUGUAUGAGCACAGCGGCUCCCGGUGAAUCUCCUGCAGUAGCUACAGCGUGUACUCAGAGCAGAGAGAAGCUCUCGGCCCUUAAACAGGCUCUGCGUGCCCUCGGCUUCAACAGACUGGAGGUGGAGAAUUUGUUUGUGGUCCUCUCUGCGCUGCUGCACUUGGGAGAUGUGCGCUUCACCGCCCUGACAGACGCUGACACUGCGUUUGUGUCUGACUUACAGCUGCUAGAUAGAGUGGCUGGGAUGUUGCAGGUGAGCUCUGAAGAUCUAGGCUCUGCCCUCACCUCUGAUGUGCAGUGUUUCAAAGGUGAUGUCAUAACAAGGCGCCACACAGUCGAAAUGUCCAACCAUCACAGAGAUCUCCUGGCCAAAGCUCUGUACGGUCGACUCUUCAGCUUCUUGGUCAAUAACAUUAACUUUUACCUCCAAGGCCAUGAAGAAAGCACUGGUGAUCCUGCCCUUGAGAUAAGCAUCCUGGACAUCUUUGGCUUUGAGGAAUUCCAGCGCAAUGGUUAUGAAAAGCUGUGCGUGAACAUGGUGAAUGAACGGAUCAGGCAGUUCACCGCAGACGUGCUCUUCCAGCAGGAGCGACAGGAAUGUCUGCAGGAGGGGGUUGCCAUGGAGACGCUGCGCUCCCUCGGCAACCAGACAGCGGUGCUGGACUUCUUCUUCCAGAAGCCUCAGGGUGUGCUGUGCAUCAUUGAUGAGGAGAGUCAGUCCCUCAGGCCAUGUGAAGUCAAACUUUAUAAGCGACUGCAGAUACAGCUGGAUUCCUCUGGUACAGACGCCGUCUCACUCACGACCAAGGAUGGCAACGGGAACCCCCCACCCAAAGACCAGGGGCCAUCAUUUACUGUCACUCACUAUGCCGGCAAGGUGACCUAUGACCUGACCGGCUCACUGGACAAGAACAAGGAUGUUCUUCCCCAAAACAUCUUGUUUGUUAUGAAAACAAGUGAGAACGUGCUCAUCCAUCAAAUGUUCCAGUGUAAGCUGACUCAGACGGGCUCAUUGGUUCCCCACCACCAGCGACUGAAGCUCCGCGGGCCCAAAGGCACUUUGCUUAACAAGAGCACUACGCUAAAUCCUGCCAGAGACGCCAAGAAAUAUGUGGAAUUGAACAAGCUCCUGAAGAAGAAGGGAGCGGCGUCCUUCCUGCAGAGACUGGAGCGUUGUGGACCGGUCACUGUGGCAGUGCAGCUUAGGAACUCUCUGUGUGAGAUCACCAGUAAGCUGAAAGCGUGUACGCCUCACUUUGUUCAGUGUGUCAGGCCCAACAGUGCUGGGAAGCCUGAUGUGUUUGACAGCUUCCACGUGUCCUCACAACUCCAGUACGUGGGAGUUCUGGAGAUGGUCCGCAUGAUCCGCUAUGGAUACCCAGUCCGCCUGUCUUUCACCAGCUUCCUGAGCAGAUACAGAGAGCUGGUGGACACCAUCCUCACCGAUAGGAAGAAAGCAUCCGCAGAGGAAAAGUGCCGCCACAUUCUGCUGCAUUGCAAACUUCAGGGCUGGCAGAUGGGGAACAGUAAGGUUUUCUUGAGAUACUGGCAGGCUGAUCACCUUAAUGACCGCUGCCAUCAACUGCACAGGAAGAUUAUUAUCUGUCAGAAAGUGGUACGUGGCUGGUUGGCCAGACAGUGUGUGCGUCGCAGGCUCACAUCUCGGCAGCAGGAGCAGUGUACCGUUCAGCGGUUCCUGCAGGGAGCAGAGGACUUGGGUAUGCGUGCCUACGACAGCCUGGUCAUCCAAAACGCAGCCGAUAUUGCACGAGAGAACGACCGCCUCCGGGGUCACAUCAGUGCUCCACCGCUGGGCGAACGACCGGAACCUGUGGGCAAAGAAGAAGACUCGCCCAAGAGGGCUGUUGAAAAAAGUGGGAGGGUUAACGAUAUGGCAGGCCGUGGGGGGAACAGACCACUCCGGCAUUUCCGCUCCAGCUCUGUGCCUCUCCCCCUGGUUAUGGACAGCUUGGUACACUCCAGCAUCGGGACUUCAAUCAAAGCAGCCCUUCAGCCUGCGCCAUACUCCACUGAGGAGGGAAAUGGAGGGAGCCUCUCCUCCCCACGAAAACAACCUCCUCCCAAACCCAAACGAGACCCCAAUACACGUCUGAGUGCAUCGUACGAGGCAGUGAGUGCAGGGCUGAGUAUUGCACCCAAAGACAGCCCUGCUGAGGGUCAAGCCUCUCCAUCUGGAAGCCCACCAACAACCCAGCUCUCUCCUUCUGAUCCUCUCUCUAAACCACGCCCUCACAGUGAUGACUACAGCACCAUGAAGAAGAUCCCACCCCCCAAGCCCAAACGCAGCCCUAAUACCAAACUGACGGGUUCCUAUGAGGAGAUCUCUGUACCUUCCCCCGCACGCCCCACGGACAUGAAACUUGUCAGCCUGGUACGAGGCGGACACUGCUUGGGCCUUAUCCAGCGAGCAGCAUCUGUGGAUGGCCCCCAUUCUUCUGUGCUAAGCCUCUACCCCUGUCAGGACGAGGAGGAUGUAUAUAUCGAGAUGGUGGGGGCCUCACGAGCCCUCAGCCUGGCUGACUCCCACAGUCCAGAACUGGGAGAGGCAGUAUACGAGGAAAUGAAAUACUUCCCACCUGACGAGGUGGGGUCAGCUCCGGUGGCCAAGCCUGAAACUGUCAAUCCCGCUACCACUACCCUACCUGCCCCAGUGCUGGAAGUCAAGAGGCCCGUGACAUUGAUAGAGCACUCUGGCACACUCGGAGGAAAGCAGCAGGGCAAGGAUGGGACAGCAUGUGACAUUCCAGCUCCAUUCCCCAACCUCCUUCCACACCGUCCCCCACUUCUAGUCUUCCCCCCAUCCCCUGUCACCUGCUCUCCGGCCUCGGAUGAGUCCCCCCUCACCCCCCUGGAGGUGAAGAAGCUGCCUGUGUUCGAGACCAACCUCAACUACACCAGCCAGGAUGGGGGCAGCCCACUCUCACCCCAGUACAUCCGUCAAAGAGCUGACUCCUCACCAAGUCUUUCUGUCUUAAUGCCAGACAAGUCCACGCCGCCCUUGACUCCUCCUCCCCCUCCGGUAGCACUUCCACCUCCUUACCGCCCCCCGUCCCACUUCCCCUUUCCCCCUGAACCAAACUUAUUGGCCCUGACACGUGCAGUUUCUGUAGUUACCACCGAUUCCCCCAAAGUCUCCCAUAAAAUAGGGCACGGUCUGGCAGAGACACCCCUAAUCAAUUCCAAGCCUCCCUUCUCCCCAGUAAAGACCUCACGGCCGGAGCCCCGUAGAGCUCAUUCCUGCUCCUCCUCACCUCUGCUCUUCAAUCCUGCCAAUGGGAGACCCCUCACCAGCCCUCUGGACGAGCUCAACACCCUUUUCAGCUCAGGGCGCAGCCUGCUCCGCAAGUCCACCACUGGAAGAAAGAUUCGUGACAGCGGACUCUCAAAUUCCAACAUUAACCUGCCAGGUCAAGAGGAUCAAGGCCCCAUCUCUCCAUCAGCACAGUUACAGGACAAAAAUGCCAACAACCACACCUCACCCAACUCGUCAAACCCAGCACCCGUUGAGAACGGCAACCAGAUCUCCAAUGGGACGUUGGAAGACAAGGGACAUCCAAAGUCAAAUGCGUCCAGCAGCUCUGCGUUACACAGGCACAUGGACAGCCACCACACUCAGAGGGGUCACCUCAACUUCUCGCCCUUCGGUGCAGGGGCGGCGCUGUAGGCUGGGGGGCUGAAUGAGCCCUCAGGCCUGUGUAGGGAUGGGGUGCUCCAGAGGUCACGCGUAUGUGGGGAUCAGCGGGCCACUCUGCAGGAAUUAUUGCGCUGGCGGAGGAGUGUUUGUGAUGGUCGACCAGACUGGCAGAACGCUUGGCUCCACACAAAUACCUCACCCACCCUAACAGUGAAGACCAAGAGUCCCAGAAAGAAAUCAUUGCCCUAGAGAUUGUGGUCUUCCUGAGUUAAACCUCAGUUAAACCCCACUCCUUAGGCCCGAUGGCACUUAUUAUUUUUUGCCUUUCACAUAGGGGUGGAGUCCUCUAAACAGAGCCAGACUCUGGACUCAGGAGAGUAGGGCAUCCCAGUUUGUUCUUGUUUCUUUCUUCACUUCUUUGAAUGAAAGGUUCCUUGGAAAAUUGUUCCACGCCAUCUCUCCAACUAAUGGCAAACUGGGACCAAAUAACAUAAACCCCCCAAAGACUACCAAGCCCAACUUUGAAAACAUAAAGUCAUCUUUGGGCAGACAAAAGGGGGCAUGGCUAUUUUGAAUCCCAUUUGCAGUGUCCCAAACAUCACGCCAUUUGGAAGAUCUCAUCACGUCGCUUUGAUCGCAACUCAUCAACGCUAUCUGAGGGCUGUGCAAACAUCUCAACUGUGUGCUAUAGUCUACAUUGUGGGCCAUAUUUUAGUUUUAAACCCUGGUGCUGGUCGCUCCACAUGUGGUUGUUGUUGACUGGGUUGGGUAAAAAGUGCCAGUUCUGUCCCAACUCAAACACUCGAGACACAUGGAUGCGACAGACCUUAAAGUUUACAAGACUUUGUAUUGACCUCCUAGGUCUAGCUUUGUGAACAAAGUCCUCCUUCAGGUUCAGAGAAGCAGCUACACCUCAUGCUUUUUCAGGUGCAUUGGUUACCCUCCAUCAGAGGUGGCAACCAUCACACACAGGUUACGAAGAGGUCAGGGUUCAGGGAAAUCACCAGUAACAUCACAGGUCCACAGCAUUUCCACCAGCUUCUGCACUACAUACAUUGUUCACCCUAGGCCAAUGAGUAUGUCUUAUGAAACCAAAAGGUUCUCUUGACAAACUUGAAGACACCUGGUUUAUAUCAAAUGGUUAAAGAGCACAAUUUUCCAAAUACACCUUUAGAGGGAACAAUCAUUACUAGGGAUGGGUAUUACUGCCGAUGUGACUCUGACAGCUCCCGUAACCGUUUUUGGACUUUUCCUCAAAGGUGCUUAUGUACGAAUGCUGGGUUGUAUGGAAACAUGUCAGUACCUUAGUAGACGACUUGUACAAACAGCACAUGACCUUUGGUCUCCCUGAAGUUUCAAACUAUUCAUCUCUCUAGUCGUUCCUAAUUUGUGAAGGUGCACAGAUGCCUCCAAACAAAGGCCUCGAGGCAUUUGGUUUAUCCAUACAAGUGUGCACAUGCAGAUUUAUUACCCGAAAGACCUUGGGUAAAUAUUUUUAGACCUUGAACACUGGGUUUGCAGCAGGAGACCCACCAUAAGCACAGCCGUGUACGUGAAGUGCAGGCGCUUUUCUGAGAAUAAGCAGAGCUUGACCUUCUGGUUCUGGUUGAAUUCAGUAUGACUGAAUAGAUGGAUUAUGUACAGACUGUGACUGUUUAUUGGCAAAUUAUUGUCUUUAUAAUGGAAAGUUAUUCCUGAGUGUUCAAGGAUGCAAUGACAGAAGGACUAAGGUGGUGGGUUUUAUAGUGUGAAUAUCGUUUUAGUACAGAAUGAUUGUUUAUUCAUGGAGAACUCUUUAGCCGUUGUCCAUCCCCACAGGACUUCGGCCAGUCUUCGAAAUGUAUAAAGAUAUUUAAUGUAUUGUACAGAACAUUUGUGUUUGUGCAAGUAUGUUUAAGUGGCACUUUGCCGCUGUGUUUCAUUUAGGCUUCAUUGAGAACGUCACUUCAUGCCUGUGUGCUUAUCCUGAAGGUGGCGUCCUGAAAAAGUUCCCCAAAUGUUACACCUU